AUGCCUUUCAACUCACAUCCCUCUGAUAAUGACGAUGAAGCAGCCCGUGUCGCUGCAGCAAUUAUGAUCCAGCGUCUUUGGAGAGGUAGUCACAAUCUAACCAAGGAACGGCAUUUAAAUGCUGACGCCAGAUGGGAUGACGCUGCCACUGGAGCCAAGCUUGCGGUGCGGCAUGUAUUAGCACCAGUUCAUCGAAAUGCUGCACUUGACGAAUCUACCACUCCUCGACAACGUUGGAAUCGUGCUGCCUUUUUUAUCACCCAACUGAAAUUCAAAAAUGAACUACUGAGCAAUAAUGGCGUCCAAGUUGAGGCUGAAGAAAAGCACCUGGAAGCUCAGCAUUGGCUGGAAAUGAUUGAUGGGUGUGUAUAUCUUUCUGGAAAUUUGGGCGCCUAA